UAGGUGAGCGGGAAGAGCUGAUGGACACUCACAUCGUCCAAUAGGAAGGUGCCGGUCGUUAAAGGGCCGGCGACCCGGUGGGGUGAGUUGGGCGUAGGCACUUGUGCUCACGUAUUGGUUCAGACUGUGACUUAGGAAUUCCACUACCGCCUGCAAGUCAUGAUAACUCAGCAACUGGGGAGUACCGACAAAUAGGAGAAUACUGCAAAGUGAAGACAAAACACAUCUAACGAGAGCUGAUCUCUGCUUUCAUUGUUUUUUAAACUUUGUGUUAAUAACUGCGUAGUGUCAAAUAACCUCCGUAAUCUGCUGUGCUAAAAUUAUUAGGUUAAAGCUGGAAAAAAUGAAACAGUUGAAAAGAAAAAGAAAAAGUAAUUUUAGUGUUCAGGAAACUCAAACUCUCCUUAAGGAAAUCAGAAAAAGGAGAGAAGUACUCUUUUCAAAGCAACUUAAUACAACAAUUAACGAGAUGAAACGGAAAGCAUGGGAGGAAAUAGCAGAGUGUGUGAAUGCUGUAGGUGAAGGUGAGCAAAGAACAGGGACGGAAGUGAAAAGGCGAUACCUUGACUGGAGAGCGCUCAUGAAGAGAAAACGUCUGAAUGCAAACAUCAAGGCAGUAGGUGCAGGGUUUCACCUUCCUUCAUCUGACUUAGAUGACUCUCUCAAUGAAGAUAUGGAUGACAAACUGGGGUUUGCAAAUGAAUCUGGUUUUGAAUGGCAGAACAUCACUGACUUCAGAGAAGCAGGUGGGUCUUUAACAGAAAUCAAAGUAGAAGAAGAGGAGGAGGAUCCACAAAAUUUUGAAUUUCCUAUUGAGGAAGAAGAAAUUUUUUCAUCAGUUUUGCCAGAUUCAAAAAAAGAAAAUGACCUACCAGACUUCACCCACAUUGAGGAGUUUGGAAAUCUAAGUUCUGCUCAAGCUAGAUUAGCCUACGAAGAUUCGCACUUGCUUAUAAACCUAGAGAAGCAGAAGGUGGAGCUGGAGAAGCAGCGAUUAGAUAUCGAAGCUGAACGGUUGCAAGUGGAGAAGGAACGCCUGCAAAUUGAAAAAGAACGGCUGCGGCAUAUUGACUUGGAGCAUGAGAGACUUCAGCUGGAGAAGGAGCGACUUCAAAUUGAGCGGGAGAAACUGAGGCUAGAGACACUGCGUGCUGAGAAACCUGCCCUGGAAAAUGACCUCACCCAAGCGGAAAAACCCAUCAUACAGCCUCUGGAUCUAGAAACUGAAAAGUUAAAACUUGAAAAAGAACGCUUGCAGUUAGAGAAAGAAAGGUUGCAGUUCUUAAAAUUUGAGUCAGAGAAGCUGCAGAUUGAGAAGGAGCGCUUGCAAGUGGAGAAAGAACGCCUCAGAAUUCAGAGAGAGGGUCUCUUGCAGUGAGCUUCUCAACUGGAGCGUUAAUACUGGUGUUCUGUUGUUGUGUAAAAUAUAGGUAGCUCUUUUCCUGAUGCUGAAACUGUUGUAAAGGUCUAAUGUUCUUCUGUUGAAUGUUGAUGUUGAACUUUUAUUAAAGGAAAAAAUAAUGGUGCUCAGUAUGUCAGUGUGCCUGUGUAAAUAUGCUUAUAUAUUAAAUUGCUUUUCAGUGUAUCAGGACUAAGUGUUUUGUUCUCUUGUCUUCAGAAUUGUGCUGUAUUAGUCUGGUGUCCUUCUCACAUUAAGAAGAAUCAAGACCAAAUGCUAUACUUCUGGUAUUUUUUCAUAUUUCACUAACAGUUAGGGAGUGUUCAGAGAAGUCAAUAUGUGUUGUGAAGGCAUCAUGCUGAGGGUAGUCCAUGCAGUAAAUACGUAUAAUUAGGCAGAAUGUAGUAACAUACAGUCAUUAUGUGUUUCAUUAAACUUUAUUUCCCCUUUUUGUGUUUGUUUUUUUUCCACUUCUACGGCUGAAAGGAGUUCACUAAAAGUUCAAGAAGUGAACAUGGUGUUUACCAUUGGAAAUGCAGAAGGUUGUGUUCUGCCUUUUUGAAGUAUUCAUACCAGAUAGCCACACAUCAGCCUACUUACCAUAAACAAGGCAUUUAGAUGCACUGGGUUAUUAAUUAUGUUAUGUGAAGUAUUGUAUGAUUACCUGUCAGUAUAGCAUGGGGGCUUAGUAGCAGGAAGUGACAGCUGUCUGAUCAGUCUGUAAUCAUUGCCUGAAGAAAAUUGCUAGACCUGGUUUAUUGUUUGAAAGAGUUCAGUUGAUGAUAGGAGUGUUUGGAGUGGAGAAAUUAGCCUGUGCACAGGCUAAUGAGAACUGAGCUCGAACACAGAUGCUUUUGAUAUUAAUUCUUCCUGGCCAACACUGAGGUUCACAGAAUCGUAGAAUGGCUUGUGUUGGAAAGGACCUCAAGGAUCAUCAAAUUCCAACCCUCUUCCACAGACAGGGCCACCAACCUCUGGGUUAUAUCUGUGAGAGCCUGUGUUCAUGACUGAUGCCAUACAGCAUGUUUUAGUUAGUUAGACAGAAGCGGUUAGUGCUGAAGGGCAUUGUUUCAUAUGUAAUGUAUUUGUUUCAGUAAAAGCCUCUUUGUGAUUUCAUAUAUGUAUGUGUAAAUCCCAACUGAGCCACAUUUUAGAAUUCUCAUUUUUUUCUGUGAGUAACUACCUUUUUUGAUUCCAUUUGAAACUACGGGAGUACUAAAUCUGAAUAUAUGUUGAGUGACUUAACAUGGAUUCUUGUGCAAGUAAAUAUAUUUAUACCACUACAGGAUUACUUUUAUUCUGCAAAGAAAAUGUUAUUUUUUUAUUAUGGAGACAAGUGUGCUUCUACAGUGGAAAUAAAUAUGACUACUGCAACCCAAAA